CUCUGCAGGAACUGUGUGUCUGAAGACCGCUCGGAGUCUUUCUCAGACGUAAGCACGCCUUCAGUCGGCGUUACUGAUGCACCAGGCAUCUCAAAACGGCGCCGGUAGCCAAAGAUGAGCGCUAGGCUCUCCGUCGCCGAGCUUAACUCGCAGCUGGCCAACUUUGUUGCAUCCCUUCUCGAAGGCCUCGCCCAGCUGCGCAAGGAUCAUUCGCACUCGGAAUUGAUUUUACCGCCCGACCUGACCUUCCCCAUCCUUGACACACGGAUCAGUGAAUGGGCCAGCAAUCUGGACCUGCUCAAGGAAGAAUCGGCGGAGCAUAUUUUCGCAGAGAAAGCGAAGUUGUUACCUGAGCUCGCACCGGAUGCGCAUCAACGGGACCAAGAUGAGCGAAAGAAAGCGCUUGAGCUAGUUCGUGAGGAUGCUCAAGUCAAAGCUCAGAGACACAAUCAGCUCGUAGAGGCUCGCACGAACGCGUUCGGUCAAUUUCUGCGAGUCAAGGUGACACAGCGGCCGGGCUCGUCGCGAGCGAGCACUUCUACGAAUCUAGAUGAUGUGCAAUUGAGAGAACUGUUUGAUAGGUGCGACGUGCUACUAUCCUUUGAGCUCGCAGGCCUCUGUGAAGCCGUCGCUCCGCUGACUGUAAUAGAAGGAGUCAUGGAGACAUUACCCCUGGAGGGAUGCAGUAAAAUGCUUGACUAUAUUGACAGCCGCAAGGCACAGAUCACAGUGAACUUUUCCGGUACCACAUCAGGAUCCGGUAGAACCAGAAAGGGUGCCAAGAGCCCGGUUCUCUUGCGCAUCUGUAAUGAUUUAAGAAGGCGCCUCGCCAAGCCUUUCAUGAGGCAUACCAUCCUUUCCGGCAGGAUUGCGUCCCUGCUCACAGAAGUCUUUCCGCUGGGAGAAAGAUCAGGGCUAAACACGAGAGGCGACUUCCACAUUGACAACAAGACCAUCAUCAAGGAUCAACAUGCGGAUGGAGGGGACGAAGGAGAAACCCCAGCCGAAGAGGCCGAGCAGGAGGGAGGGGCAAACAGUGCAGAGGGAAGCAAAGCCGGGGAGAAGACACUCGAAGAGCGUGCGACUUCCGACGCAGACUUCUACAUCCUUUUCUGGAGCAUGCAACAAUUCUUCGCCAACCCUUCUCUUAUCUUCGAAGCUGAUUCGGUUUUACCCCCCAACCUUCUUCCGCGUGCGGUGCAUGAGCCCCACAGCCAAGUCAAAGAGGAGAAGAUCCGAGAUGAGAGGGAACGUGAUCACGGAAGCAGGCGUCAGGGAAAGGAACCAGAUGAGGAUCAGGAGUACGAGAAAGGCUUGCAUAGCGACGCGGGAGGAUUGAAGGAGUUCAAAUAUGCGACCCAAAGGAUCCUCGAUCUGCUCAUGGCAGUGAACGAGCGCGAAUUGAUGCUCAACGGAUCUGACACUCAGGAAGAAUCACGGCAACAGAGCAAUGCUAAUGGAGGCGAAGCAGGGCCGGAUGCUAUGGACACGGAUCAAGCAGAGGAGGAAGAGGAGCCAUUCUUUCCCAAAUACCUCACAGGACGCGAACUUUUGGACUCGGAGGUUCGCGAGCCUUCCUUCCGUCGCCAGAUACUUGUCCAGUUCUUGAUCCUGCUUCAGUACAUCCUCGAGUUCCGACAGGCGCGAAAAGCAAAAUGGGCUGCACGAUGUACCAACAAGACCUUGUUGCGCUCCUGGGUCCUCACUGAAGCCUCUGCCGAAUGGUGCAACAGCACGUGGAAGCAGAUACUGACGCAUUUGAAUCAAAUACCUGGUCCGCGAGCAUACGCUGUUGCAACGAAGAACACUAUGCGCCGCGAGCACAAUUGGGCUGAAUGGAAAGCUAUGAAUUGCCAGCCGAUGGAGGUGCCUCCCAUGACCAAAAGCGAGAUGCAAUCAUUCGAGACAGCGCUGUCGAAUUUGUUCAGCAAACUACCUAUCUUCCCGCAGCGCUUAGGCACCCCUGCGCUCAGUAAGCUCUGGGAUAAUGGUGUGCCGCCUCCACAGGCUGGCACGACUCGGAGGGAGAAUGAAGACGGAGUCUAUGUCCAUGUCGCAACGGACGGCCUGGAGGAGCUUGAGUGGGGACCCAGAGCCAACGACUUUGACGCGUACGCGCACAAAUGGCGCAAGCUGGAGACGAAAUCCGACCAGCGCCGGUCCGAGAUCGGCCUGCCUAAAGGUGUUGAACGGCGAGAAAACGAUCUUCGCCGCAAAGUACGGAACAAGACGGCGCGGACACAACUCAACACGAUGCAGAAUGCAAAGAUCCGCAUUCAGACGUUGCAGUUGCGCAAGUCGAAGCUGGCAGAAGAGCUGCAAAAGCUCGACCUGAGCACUUCCCAAGUGGCUGCAGCGCAACGCAACUCCAAGCAGGAGGAACUUUUGUCGCUAGAGAAAACCCUGCGCGAAUUGCAGAGCGCUGUGCCCAGCGCGGAUGUUCAGAAGCAGCUGCAAGAAGUGUACGCGAAAAGCACAGUGGAGCUAAAGGAGAGCGACGCGUCGAUCAAGAAGGAACGUCGAGACCUGAAGGCUGCGCCGCUCCUCGAGCAAGGUUACAGUGUCUCUUGGCGUGCGCUUCGCUUAGCCAGCCAGCAACAUCUGCGUCUUCUGGGGCAAGUGCCUAUGGAUGAUCUCGAGCUUUUAUCACAGGCGAUCGAGGGCAAGUUCAACCCAUCGAAAAUCAUCGAGGAAGAAAUUCAGGCAGCUACACCAGUUGCACCAGAACCUGCGCCCAAGCCUACGACAGGGCCUUUUGCAAGUACGGAAGAUGGAGUGGGGCAGAUCGUUUUGAAGCAAGAAGGGUCCUUAGAGCCUUUUGCUUUAAGCGCUCCUACAGGACCAGUGGCAACGGUAUUGAAGACCGAGCCUGUCGAUCAUAACGCACUGUCAAUCGGGUCAACGGAUGCCGGCAGUCCUAUCGUCGAUGUCACAAUGGGAGAGGCCAACCCCGCCACAUCAGGGUCGUAGCACUGAUCGCUUAGUAUUACUUGGUGCGGAACCACGUAAAGCCGAAUGUAUGUGAUGUCUAAGCUACA